GUGAGCGUCAGCGUGGGACUCUCAGUGGCUGCUCUGCUCACCGAGCUCCCUCUCCCAACCCAAACCUCCACUAAACCCACGCUUAGCAGCAGCUCACCGGCGGCCGGCGGAGGAGCCAGCCGACCCACCAAUGCCGCCGCCCACGCCUCCACUCCUCCUCUUCCUCCUCCUCCUCACCCUCCUCCCGCUCGCCGCCCCCCACGCCCACACAACCCGCCGCCUCCUCCAGACCCAGCCCACCAUCUCCCCUGCUCCACCCCCACCUCCUCACCGCCACCACCGCCACACCCCGCCGGCGCCGGGUCCUCCCUCCACUCCACCACAACCACCAGCACCCCCACUCCCACCACAGCCCCUCCCUCCGCCCCCACCUCGGGGAAGGCACCACCGCACACCGCCAAUCUCCACAUCGCCGCCGUCGCCGCAGACCCCAUCUCUUCCCCCUCCCGCAUCGGCGCCGCCCCCGAACUCGAAUCCGAAUCUUGCACCGUCGCCGCCGACGCCGAGGUUCUCCUCCACGUCCACCGCCCCGGUAGUCCCCACGCCGGUCAGCGAGUACCCCUUCACCAACUACCCAUUCUUCCCCUCCUUCUCCCCGCCGCCCCCUCCCCCCUCCACCGCCGCCGACCAAACCCAGCCCUCCGGCGACGGCGACGCGUCCCGCACCUUCCCGGCCAACAUCUCCACCCUCGUCGCCCCCAACGCAGGGAGCGGGAGCAGCAGCAACCACAACGGCAGCCCGCGCUUCCCGGUGCUGCAGGCGCUGCUGCUCGCCUUCCUCUCGCUCUGCCUGCUGCUCCUCUCCGCGCUCCUCUCGCUCCACCUCUUCCGCCGCCUCCGCCGGCCCUCCGGCCACCGCCGCGCAUCCGACGCCGCCAACGGGGCGGCCUCCUCAUCCGGGACGACGGCGCGGCGGGGUGGCGACGAGGAGGAGGAGGACGGCGACGAGGAGGGGCGCCGGCUCAAGCCGCCGCCGAUGCCCACCUCCUCCUCCAACCCCAGCACCGAGUUCCUCUACCUCGGCACGCUCGCCACCCCGCCGCCGGGCACUGCCCCGCCCCCCUCGCACCCCCGCCCCGGCUCGCCCGAGCUCCGCCCGCUCCCGCCGCUGCCCCGCGUCGGCCCGCCCUCCGGCGAGUUCGGCUCGCGCAGCUCCGCGUCCGACCCCAGCACCGUGCCCCGCGCGGCCGCACUCGCCGCCGGUGACGCCUCGUCCUCGUCCCUCUCGCCCUCCUCCCCCUCGGCCUCCUCACCCACGCUCGGCUCCAGCCCCGUCCACAUCCGCCCGCCGUCCAUCCCGCAGCCCCGCGGCCGGGCCCCCAACCCGUCUCCCCCCAAACGCAGGCCGCCGCCGCCACCACCACCAACUCAAUCCUGGAACCCCUUCGUGCCCGUCCCGCCGGCACAAGCCGCUCCCCCCUCCGACGACGACGGCGACUCCUCCUCCACCAACGCGGCGGCGAUGCACAAGUCCCGGCCCCUGCACUCCGACAAGCUCAAGCCCGGAUCUCUGCACAUGAAGGACGAGAUGAUCCAGCUCUACCUGAACAACUCGGCGGCGGCCGCCGCCGCUGCGAGGGAGGUGUGCCUGCUCGGCGCGCCGCGGUGCCACGGCAUCGGCACGGUGCUGGGUGCAAUGGGUUUCUCCGAGGAGCAAGUGCGUGAUGCGCUCUUGGAAGGCAAUGCACAUGGUUUGGGAGUGGAAGCCCUGCGGAUGCUCGCUCAGUUGGUUCUCACCAAUGAGGAAGAGCUUAAGCUCAGAUAUUUCAAGGAUGACCCACCUGCCAAGCUUUGCGCGGUCGAUGCUUUUCUGAAGACGAUACUGGAUGUGCCAUUUGCAUUCAAGAGAGUGGAUGCUAUGCUCUAUGUUUCCAACUUUUAUCUGGAGGUCAAUCAGCUGAGGAUGUCCUACGCUACUCUCGAGGCAGCUUGCGAGGAGCUGAGGAGCAGCAGGCUAUUCCACAAGGUUCUUGGGGCCGUCCUCAACUUUGGCAACAUGAUGAGCAUCAACACAGGCUCUCCAAGCUCACAUGCCCUGGAGCCCAACACGCUCCUGAAGAUAGUCGACGUCAAAGGCGCCGACGGCAAGGCGGCGCUCCUGCAGUUCGUCGUCCAGGAAAUCAUGAAACCGGAAGGACACAGCAAUCUGAACCCAGCAUGCAAGACGGACGCGAGCACAAGUCCGCCGUGCGACGUCGACUGCCGGAAGCACGGCCUCCAGGUGGUCUCGAAGCUCGCCGCCGAGCUGACCAGCACCAAGAAGGCGGCGUCGGUCGACAUGACGGGCCUCAGCCGGAGCGUGUCGGAGCUCGGCGUCGGCCUAGGGAAGGUCCACGACGUGCUGAGGCUCAACGGCAUGGCGGCCUCGGCCGAGAGCGCCCGGCGGUUCCACAACGCGAUGAGCGCGUUCCUGCGGCAGGCCGAGGAGGAGAUCGUCAGGCUCCAGGGGCAGGAGAGCGUGUGCCUGUCGUCGGUGAGGGAGGUGGCGGAGUACUUCCACGGCGGAGACGAGGUGGGCGACGGCGAGGCUCGCUUGUUCAGGGUCUUCGCGGGCGUCAGGGAGUUCGUGGCCAUGCUCGACCGGAUCUGCAGGGAGGCCGGGGAGGUCCAGGGCGACCGCGUCGGCUCGACGCCGGUGAGCUGGGUGGCUGCUGGCGCGCCGCCCAUGGGGACGACGCCCUGAGCCGGCGAUGGUUCUGUCUGGAAACUGUUAUGAGCAUCUAUUUUGGUGGAACAUAUAGUAUGAUGAAGUUGUCUCCAGAACUGUUAUCUUAUGUUUCCUAGUGUAGACCAGAACAAUAUUAAACCUCUCUAUAUAGUGCAGUAGUAUGUUGUAUAAAGAACACUGGUAAGUUUAUCCAUCAGCAUGUCAGGUUAGCUACAAUGGAACAUAAAAUUACUAUGGCUAUGCUGUGUGGUACCACUGUCUGUUU